AUGUCUAAAGCUGUUGGUAUUGAUUUAGGUACGACUUAUUCAUGUGUUGCUCAUUUUACGAAUGAUCGCGUUGAGAUUAUUGCUAAUGAUCAAGGUAACAGAACUACGCCAUCUUAUGUGGCUUUUACUGAUACUGAAAGAUUAAUUGGUGAUGCUGCAAAGAAUCAAGCUGCUAUUAAUCCAAUUAAUACUGUAUUUGAUGCUAAACGUUUAAUUGGUCGUAAAUUUAAUGAUCCAGAAGUUAUUGCUGAUGCAAAACAUUAUCCGUUUAAAGUUGUUGAUAAAGAAAGUAAGCCCGCAGUUCAAGUUGAAUUUAAAGGUGAAACUAAAAUUUUUACACCUGAAGAAAUAUCAGGUAUGAUUUUAACUAAAAUGAAAGAAACUGCUGAAAAUUAUUUAGGUACUGAUGUUAAUGAUGCAGUUGUUACAGUUCCUGCUUAUUUUAAUGAUUCACAAAGACAAGCAACAAAAGAUGCAGGUACAAUUGCAGGGUUAAAUGUUUUAAGAAUUAUUAAUGAACCAACUGCCGCUGCUAUUGCUUAUGGUUUGGAUAAAAAAGGUACCGCUGAACAUAAUGUUUUAAUCUUUGAUCUGGGUGGUGGUACUUUCGAUGUUUCUUUAUUAUCAAUUGAUGAAGGUAUCUUCGAAGUUAAAGCUACCGCUGGUGAUACUCAUUUAGGUGGUGAAGAUUUUGAUAACAGAUUAGUUAAUCAUUUUGUUGAAGAAUUUAAGAGAAAGAACAAAAAAGAUAUAACAUCUAAUCAGAGAGCUUUAAGAAGAUUAAGAACAGCUUGUGAAAGAGCUAAAAGAGCAUUAUCAUCUUCUGCUCAAACUUCUGUGGAAAUUGAUUCCUUAUAUGAAGGUAUUGAUUUUUAUACUUCAAUCACAAGAGCAAGAUUUGAAGAACUUUGUGCAGAUCAAUUUAGAUCAACUUUAGAACCAGUUGAAAAAGUUUUAAGAGAUUCAAAAUUAGAUAAAUCUCAAGUAGAUGAAAUUGUUUUGGUUGGUGGUUCAACAAGAAUUCCAAAGGUUCAAAAAUUAGUUUCAGAUUUUUUUAAUGGUAAAGAACCAAAUAGAUCAAUUAAUCCAGAUGAAGCUGUUGCUUAUGGUGCAGCUGUUCAAGCUGCCAUCUUAACUGGUGAUACUUCAACAAAGACACAAGAUUUAUUAUUAUUAGAUGUUGCUCCAUUAUCUUUAGGUAUUGAAACUGCAGGUGGUAUUAUGACUAAAUUAAUUCCAAGAAAUUCAACAAUUCCAACUAAAAAAUCUGAAACUUUCUCAACUUACGCUGAUAAUCAACCUGGUGUCUUAAUUCAAGUAUUUGAAGGUGAAAGAACAAGAACUAAAGAUAAUAAUAUUUUAGGUAAAUUCGAACUAGCUGGUAUUCCACCUGCUCCAAGAGGUGUUCCACAAAUUGAAGUUACAUUUGAUAUUGAUGCUAAUGGUAUCUUAAACGUUUCUGCUGUAGAAAAAGGUACUGGUAAAUCUAAUAAGAUUACUAUUACGAAUGACAAAGGUAGAUUAUCAAAGGAAGAUAUUGAAAGAAUGGUCUCUGAAGCUGAAAAGUUUAAAGCUGAAGAUGAAAAGGAAGCUGAUCGUGUUCAAGCUAAGAAUGGAUUAGAAUCUUAUGCAUUCUCUUUAAAGAAUACAGUUGGUGAAGCUGCUUUCAAAGAAAAAGUUGGUGCUGAAGAUGUCGAAAAGAUUGAAAAAGCUGCUCAAGAAACUAUCGAUUGGUUAGAUGCAUCUCAAGCUGCUUCUACUGAAGAGUAUAAGGACAGACAAAAAGAAUUGGAGGCUGUUGCUAAUCCAAUUAUGAGUCAAUUCUAUGGCGCUGGUGGUGCUCCAGGUGCUGGUGGUAUGCCAGGUGCUGCCCCAGGUGCUGCCCCAGGUACCGGUGGUGCUUCAGGUGGUUCUGCUGAAGGUCCAACUGUUGAAGAGGUUGAUUAG